AUGUCACGGAUUGGCGUCUCAUUUGUGCAUCCGGGCGUAAUUGCACAAGACGUUUUGUGGUCUUGCUUGAAAGCCGACGCAUCGUUAAUUGGCGGCUCCGACGGAGCCAAAAGCGAUGUGCGUGGGGUGGACUCGAAAAACGAUACUCGCCUGUGGCGGAAUGCACCAAACUACGGUAAUUGGAUUCGCAGAUCGCUCUGUGUACACACGGCGACGCAAACACACACAUGGCGAUUAUGACAAGUGCUCUGGGGCGAAAUGAGAAGCGAAGUGAAGAGAGAAGAGAGAUAGCUCUCUUUCGUUUGUAUCAGCUCGCGUACCGAUACCGUAUACCAUUUCGCGGCUGGACCAGGCCGGUCUUCUCGCUUUUCUGAGAAGAAAAAAGUGUCUGUAAGCGGCUCCUCUCUGAUGUGAUCACCAGUGAUCAGUAUGGACUGGUCCUUUUUCCGGAUCCCUCCCUUAAGCUAAUAAUGAUUUUUUGAAACAAAGAAAUUAAACAAAAUAUAGAAUGGAAUGGAGUAUACCUUGUUCUUUUUUUUUUUGGCUUCGCGGUGAUCUUUCAGAAGGAAUUCCAUUCAUUUUACUUCAGCUGCUUUUUUCUCUCUCAUACGGACUCCAACAGCGAGCUUCUCGCCUCUCAUAAAAAGGAGAAACUCACGUUUCCCAAUAUCCAAAGUGCGGAUGGAAACUGCAAAGUGGGCUCUUCGCGGCGGGAGUCCUUCGAAAAGGAAUUCGAGCCGAAAUUGUGUCGAAAGGUGUUGCAAUACAGUAGGGCUAAACGCUGGUAAUUGCGAUCCGCGCGUUGGAAACUCCUUUGUGCUCGAAAAGGUAAUUUCUCAAACAUUCUCAAUGGCUGGAAGACGUCGAUGAAAAGAAACGUUUCGGUGACCUCUGUAAUAUCACGGCCGAAUAUGAUGCCAAUCUCGUCCUUGUUAAUAGACCAACUUUUGACCUCCAACGAAAUCAAUUAAAGCAAUCUGAUUCCUCUCGAUGUUAAAAAGAACUUUUUCAUCCUUUUUUCCAUUUCUCCAGAAGAUGCCAUAAUAACGAGGCGCGAAGGAAGGUGUGAGAAAGUUUGGUUUAUGUUGGGCUUCGUUUAGUUUUGGUACAGAGACUGUCAUAAACCUUAGGUGAAGAGUGAGUUUGAAAUGUGAGAACUGGGUUGUCUGGUCGUUAACUCAUUGUCAGCUGAAAAUAUAUCUCACACUUUUCACACUUUUCUAGAGUCAGUUGAUAAUUAGGGAAGCUUCACAUUUUUCGCCAAGAAUUGACAAAAGGACUUUCCUAGAAAGCUGUAUCUUACACACCUGUCUUUCAUUAGCAUGAAAGAUUUUUAUCACAGGAUUAACGAUCUUUACCUCCAUGACAAGACGCUUUUUUUUGGCCUUUCCGGCAAAAAAAGAUAAAAAAAAUCAAUAAGAGACGCACUUGAGAAAGUUGUGAGACGGACACGAGCAAUUGACACAGAAGCACAGCGGAAGGACGGAAGCAAGCCGAUCGCCUUGUAUAUUUUGAGACGGCACGAGUGCACUUCAACAAACAGCUCGGCCCCUGACCCAAAGUCGAAGGAUUUCCCAAGGAGUCGUGCCUAUCAUCGUUUUCCGUAUCAUCGCCCGCACUAACAGGCUUAACUCAUUUGGUCAAGGUUUCGGCACGGCGACGCCGUCUUCUUCCCACUAUUCUCCAAGAGAAUUGACGCCGACCACAUAUAUUUGUUUUUUUAUUUGUUCUUAUUUUUGAACUUCUAAAUUUAGAUGAUUCUUGAAAUAGAGUGGCUAAUGACUGUCAAAAAAAAGUUGAAGGAGCAAUAAACUUUGGAUUUUUUUUGUCUAACUGUUUUAAAAACUUUCUCGUAAGUUCAAUUUUCCGAAAAAUCCUCUGUAGGUCUGAGCCUUGGCUAAAAGAAAAACUGGAUUUAAAUCGGCCUAAAAAAAUUAAUGUAGCGAAAAAGGAUAUGAAUUAAAAAUAUCAGUUAUCCAUAGAGCGCAGAUUCUCGUUUUUGAAAUUUUUUUCCGGCAAAUUAUUUCGUGGCUACAAAAAAACCUUAAAAAGAAAGAAUGAUUUUUUAAAAAAAAUGAAAUAAUCGGUCUUUAUUCAAGAAGAAUGCAGCUCUAUUUUUUUUGUAAUCAUUACCUUUAGCACCAAAAAGUCUGAGAACUUUCUUUCAUGUUUUAUUUAUUUUUUCUUAUAACAGAGUUCUAUCAUUCACACCAGUCUGUAAUCUGGCUGUUGAAAAAAACUCGGAAAAAAGGCUAUUUAUCAAGAGAAUCUCAGUAAACAACUAUUCCUAGGAAGUGUCUUGUGAGCUUCGCGUUUGCGCAACAGUUCAGUGUGUUUCAAACGUGAAGACCGCCGCGUUUAUUGACAGCCGACAAGAGAGGAGCCCACCAAACUGACACCCGCGACGCAAUAGACUAAACGAGCUGCUCGCAUUUGUUUCCACCUGACAAAGAGACUCAUCAUGCGUGCUGCUUUCGGCUCGCUCUCCCAAAAUGUUUGCCUCCGCCGCCGACGGCUACGGUAGCCUCUCGCUGACAUUCGAUCUCUUUCUCUCUCCGGAGCGAUAUCGCGACAAAAUCCACUCGGUUACUGUUACCGCGCCGGCGGGGAUUAGGUGAGGACAAAUUGCAGCUGAUCGACCAGCCGAGACGACGGCACAUGGCCGUUGCGCAAUCGCGCUUCCCCAAAUGGCUCUGGGAACACUUGCUCCCUGGAUUACUAGCCGAGUUGAUCAAACACUUGACUCUCCCGGCCGAUUAUUUUCCAGAACACAUUUUUGGAGUGGCAGAUCGUUUGGAUCCCAUUUUGGGGAAUGUUGAACAUAACUCUUGUUCUCGAUGAUAGUGGUUGAGAAUAUCAAAAGAUCUUGAAUAAAUUUAAAAUUUUCUCCACCGAACCUAUGCAGGUCAAUGGGAAAGUAGUUCAGCGGAAUGAUAAAAAAAUGUUUCUACACCGCUAUCCAGGAGUUGGAAUUGUGCAAAGUAGUAUUGGCCGAACAAGCGCGUAGCGGUCGCGAAGCGGUUCUAUAA